AUGGAUCUAAAAUCCGAGCUUUUAAAGUCUAUCUGGUACGCUUUUACCUCUCUGGAGGUAGAGCACAGUGGAAAAGUGUCCAAAUCUCAGCUAAAGGUACUCUCACACAAUCUAUACACAGCUCUAAACAUCCCUCAUGACCCUGUGGCUUUGGAGGAGCAUUUCCAGGAUAAUGACAACGGUCCUGUGUCUGACCAUGGCUAUAUGCCAUACCUCAACAAGUACAUUCUUGCAAAGGCAACUGAAGGUACGUUCAACAAGGAGACUUUUGAUGAGCUGUGCUGGAUGUUGACAGCUAAGAAGAACUUCAAGCCUAGUAUUCAGCAGGGCGUGUGUUCGCAAAAAGACUGCUUCAAACUCUUCUGUCUGUUUAAUCUGCUGUCUGAGGAUCAUUAUCCUCUCCACAUCAUCCAGCCUGAGUUGGAGUAUCUGCUAAAGAAGAUCUCUACUGCAGUGAACCAGGAGUGGGACGGAAAGCUACUAGAGGAUCUGCUAUCCCAGGAUCCCUCUCUGCAGGACGGCUUGUCUGUGUGGGCGUUUUUAGAGCACUUAAGUGCAGGCCGACUCAUGCAGGUGGUUAGUAAGGAGGCAUUCAGCAUGGCACUGGAUGAUGUCUUCAUGGAGAUGUACCACAAUGUACUAAAGAAGGGUUACAUGCAAAAAAGGGGUCAUGUGCGUAGGAGCUGGCAGGAGCGCUGGUUCAUGCUGAAGCCAGGUAUUCUGGUCUACUACACUAGUGAAGAUCAGAAGGAGAAGAAAGGAGAGGUGCUGCUGGAUGGAAGCUGUGCGGUUGAGCCCCUGCCAGAUAAGGAAGGCAAGCGAUGUUUGUUCUGUGUGAAGACUCCAGGCAGGACAUAUGAGAUAAGUGCUACUGAUCAGAAGCAGAAAGUCGAGUGGAUUCAAGCUGUUCAGACAGCCCUUCGUCUGAAGGCAGAGGGAAAGAUCUCCCAGCACAAGGAGCUGAAGCUGCGCAGACGAGAGCAACGAGAACAUAGUCUACAGAGUCAGAGCACCCAGAACAAUCAGAGCAUCCGGAACAACCCGAGCAGACAAAACAGUCAGAAUGGUCAGAUAAACCAAGCCCUGACCAACCAAAGUGCUCUGACAAACCAGAGCCAAGCUGACCAGACUGGCCAAAGAAACCUGAGCCGGAGCAGCCAGAGUGAUCCUGUAGCUGAGGUUGAGCAGCCCAAGCCUACGGUACAGCAGGGGGAGCCAGAGAGCAACGAACCCGACGUAGAGAUCAUCAACAUCAUCCAGCAACACCUAGAACUGGAGGCGCAGCGUAAAAAGGAGGAGGUUUUGGAGAAGGAAAAGCAAAAGGAAAAAGAGCAAGAGAUGGAGAAACAGCUGAAAGAAGCAAACAUGGCCAAAGAGAAGAUGGUGAUUGAGCUGGCUAAGAUGGAAAUGGAGGUAGAGCAGCAGAAAAGGAAGAUAGAAGAACUGGAGCUUACCCAGCAGAAAAUGGAGGAGGCGCUCAACACAGAGAUUCAGGCUCGCUUAGAGGAGGAGAAAGCCAGGCAUGAGCUUGAGAGGCUGCUGGAAGAGGAGCGCAGGAAGCUGAAGGAAUUGAUGCUCAUUCAAAGAAACCUGGAGGCUCCUGUUCAAACAGAAAACUCUCAGGAUGAGACACAAGAAGAUGAAGAGGACAGCAUUUCUCCUAACAUUCCAUCAUUAAUGACUCCUGUGCUUCCUCAAUCCUCCAGCCCUGAGCCAAUUACAUGUUCAGCCCAGGCUCCUGCACAGACAGAGGAGAGCCAUCAUUACAGUAUAGAGAAAGGGUUUGAAAUUCAUUCUAAAGCUCCACAUAUGAGACAGUGGAAUGUGCAGCUGAACCGGCUUAUGAAGCCCAUUACACCAGCAGACAAGAUAGAGCGUCUGCAAGUGAGGUCCAACUAUCCCAGACACGACCAGGCACUGACCAGCGCAGAGUUUAUAAUCAAAUACCAGUCAAGCAAUGCUCAGGAAACGGAAUCCUCAAACAGCCAAGUACAAAACAAAGAAGAUGGAGUGAGUUCAUGAGAAUCAGUCACUUCACCUGAGCCUGAGAAAUCAGCUGUGAAAACCAGGAGACAAACUGAACACAGCCCACAAACAUAAAGAGCCACAGACAGUGUCAUUAAGUCUUUCAGUGACAUUUGUUCUUUCUUCUGGUAAUCUUCUACAUGUGACUGGAUUAUAAUGAACAACAGUGUUCAUUUACUUUAACCACUGACUGAUUUAUCUUUUAGAGAAUUAUUGAAUACAUCCUGUGCUUUUAUUUUGAUUUUAUAAUCCCACUGAUCUGUUUCUAUUUAAAUGUUGUAAUGAUAAUACUAGAAGAACCUUUAGUUAACCCCAAAGUACCACAGUGGGGGUUAAACCAAAGGGGUCAUUUUCUAUUAGGAUGUAAGCUUAUAUGCUGACAAUCUUGCAUGACCUAAGCAGUAAUCUUAUUUACAUUCAUGACAUUUAGCAGAUGCUUUUAUCUAAAACCACUUACAUUUGUGACCGAAUACAAUGCAAGCAUUUAAGGGUGACUAUCUGAUUGGUAGUCCAGUACCUUAACUGCUACCUCUUGCCCAAAUUAACCACUACUCUGCUACAUUUACAUUAAUGGCACUUAGACAAUCAUUGUAUGUUCUGGUUUGCUUUUUAUAUGACACAAGGGCUAAUUCUUUAUCACUGUAGUUCAUCCUGUGAUGUCAAUAAAUUGUCCCACAUGUACAUUGGUAAGGGUGAAGAAAAUCACUCACUCACUUUCUUAACUGCUUAUCCAAUUAGGGCCAGGUGCUGGAGCCUAUCCACACAGUGGCGCAAGGCACACAGUACCACCCUGAACGGGGCGCCAGUCCAUCGCAGGGCAGACACACACACAUACACACACCCAUUCACCUAUAGGGCAAUUCAGUGUCUCCAAUUAACCUGACUGCAUGUUUUUGAACUGUGGGAGGAAACCGGAGCUCCCGGAGGAAACCCACGCAGAAACGGGGAGAACAUGCAAACUCCGCACAGAAAGGACCCGGACCACCCCGCCUGAGGAUCAAACCCAGGACCUUCUUGCUACGAGGCAACAGUGCUACCCACCGAGCCACCAUGCUGCCGGUGAAGAAAAUAACUUUGCAUUAUUAACAAAUGCAUCUCCAAUUAAGGUUGUCAGAUUUCAGUGAAGAAAUGUUAAGGGAGUUUGGAUACGUCUGGCAACUUCUGCUGCUUAUCUGACUGAAAGCUUUCUGCUAGAAGACAUUUUCUUUAUGCACCAAAUGUAAGUUUGAACCACUGGGUGGCACUGUAGACCAUCAUAGGAUAAACUUGUAAAUCGGGGUGCCUACACGUUGGUGCCCUGAGAUCUACUAUUUCAGUCGACAGGUCAUCGUGAUCUAAUUUUUAAGGUGCUUUUUUAAAUGUGCUUAAUGGUGUCAGCCAGGUUUAUGUAGUUUGGACAGUAGCUGCUGAUGCCAAUUCUCAAGCAGGCUUCCAAGUGUUCAUCAGUAAGGGUGGACCGACAUUAAGACUUAGUUAUUUUCAUCUGGGAAAAGGCUGAUACACACAAGUAGGUUGAUCCAAAUAAUGCUGUCAAAUACGUGGCACAUAUUCUUAUGUUUGGAUAUUUUUCGACAGCCAGCAAGUUCCAAAAUUUUUACAGACAGUGACCAGAGGCAGGGAUUGAACCCAGUUCUUCAGGACACAUAGUUCUCUUUAUGGCUAAAAAGACAGGUUUUGUAUAGUUUGAUGUUUUUGGUGUAGAGAGGCUUCAGUCACUUGCAAAGAGAACCUUUCAGAUGAAUUGAAAGACUGAUUAUGGUCCAGGUCUUCUUGUCUGACCCCAUUACAUUUACAUUUUCGGCAUUUAGCAGACGCUUUUAUCCAAAGCGACUUACAGUACUGUGACAGUGUACAGUCUAAGCAAUUGAGGGUUAAGGGCCAUGCUCAAGGGCCCAACAGUGGCAACCUGUCAGUGGUGGGGCUUGAACCAGCGACCUUUUGAUUACUAGUCCAGCACCUUAACCACUAGGCUACAACUGCCCCAUGAAUGUUUUUUUUUUUCUGAAUAGGCACGAUUCAGUAUUUUGUGCAAGGCUUUUGUCAGAAGAGUGGAGGCUAUUAGAGCCACAAAGGGGUGAGGUGGGGAACUCGAUAUGCUAUAAUAUAUAAUAUAUAUACUUUGGCUGUAUGUAGUGCCUUAAGUGUUUGCAGUUUGUUAUUCAGUGAAGGACCAGUGGCGGCAGUUGAUCUGAAAUUAGUUGUAACAUGCCUGAAAGCCUCUCACGGUGUAACGUUCUUGCUAAUGCAUUGCUAGCUCACACUUUGCUACGUUUUAAAAUAUUUUCCACUUGGACUAAGUCUUGAGUCCCAGCCCUCUCACCUGCCACUGGUUUUCCUAAUAGCUGAUCAAAUAAAAUAAGUCCAGCUACUA